AUGUUUAUCUGGUAUCGGGACUCAGCGCUCACCAUCGUCUACCUAUCGGAUGUCCCGUCUCUGUCACUCGCAAACAGCACUUGGAACACGCGAGGAUGGACCGUUCAGGAGUUCCUCGCUCCUAGAAUCAUUCUUUUCUACCAAGCAGAUUGGACCCCAUAUCUCGACGACCGCUCAUGCAACCACAAGCAGUCUGACUAUAUCAUUGAUGAGUUGAAGUGUUCAACUGGUAUAAAUGCGCGGGCGCUCGUCGACUUCCAUCCAGGUACAAGAGAUAGCCGAGAGAAACUCCGAUGGGCGUCAAACCGUAAAACCACGAGGAGGAAGACAUCGCCUACUCUUUCCCAUUCGGGCAACGUCACAGCCCUUGAUUGGGUAGGACAAUCGUCCAACUUCAACAGUUGUCUGCCAGCCGAUAUUUCCUCAUACAAGGGUCUAUCAUGUACACUGCCACCUCUAUCUGAGCACGAUUCGCAGAUAUUGGUCCCCACGCUGCGAAACGAUAUUGUGGUUGUGGAGUCGGCUUCGAAAUUGUAUACCUUCCUCGAGAAGUUCAGCGUUCCUCGUUUUUCCGAUGCCAGACUGCAAUUGCCUUGCAUCACAUUUCCUCUCACAGAAGCAGAUGGGCUACGAGACGUGGUGAUCACGACGGAAGACAAGCUUGUUCAAUUCUCGCCUGCAAUGCGUACUCAGCAGACGUUCCUGCUCAUCCAUCCGUGGAUUCGUGAUCUUCUCGAGCUACCUGACUUUGCAGACGAGUCGCAGAGCGUGGGUAAUUGGCCUGAUGAGCUGGUCACCAGACAGUUGAGGUUGCUCGUUCGCCUUAGUCGCCGUUUCGGCGCACUUUUGCUGGCGCGACAGCGUGGUGGGGAGUAUAAGAGAAUCGCCUCGGAUAACAAUAUCAUCGCACAAGUCAGGGACAUGGCUGCUAUUAACAGGAUAGACGUUAAGAUACUGGAGAUAUUGUAG